AUUUUGACUUUUGUUACAAUUAUUUUUUCAUUGAUGCUUAAUUUUCUUUCUUUUUUAAUUUUUGUUUUCCUUUUCUUCCACAUUCAUUCAAUCUGAAAAAAAUAAAAUAACACACGGAUAAACGUAAAUCCGAUUCAAAUAUUAUAUUUUUUUGGUUGAUAAUCCGAUUCAAAAAAUAAAAAAAUUGAUUUUCUUUUUCAAUUACAACACGACACAGAAGUAAAAAUUGAUUAAAGCAAGAACCAAAUGAAUGCACAGAGAGAACAAUUGAGUCUCGUUUUUCUGAGAAGACAGUGAAAAAGUUUGCACUUUGAAAAGAAAGAGAUUCACCAGAAUCUCUCACAGCAAUGGAAGAACCGAUUGAGUUGCAAUCGGAAGACAAUAAAACCUCGAUGGAUAAAAAUAACAAAAGAAAGCUCAAAACACCGGCGCAGCUUAUGGCCUUGGAAGAUUUUUAUAAUGAUCACAAAUACCCCACAGAGGAAAUGAAACUUGAACUCGCUAAUGAAUUAGCGCUGACAGAAAAGCAAAUCUCAGGAUGGUUUUGUCACAGAAGGUUAAAAGAUAAGAGAUUGAUGAAAGGUGAAAUAUGUGCUAAUGGACGUCAAGACCGUUCAAGUGGCGUUGUUCAGGAUCGUGGCAGUGGACGGCAAGACCGUUCAAGUGGCGUUGUUCAGGAUCGUGGCAGUGGCCGGCAGGAUUCAUGUGGAAGUACUAAGCAUGAUGACUAUAGGUAUUCAGAACCCAAAGAGGUUGAGAGUCAUGGCGUCUAUAAUCAUGAAUUAUCAGCUGCAGAAAUGAACUAUGCACACAGAAACCAUUAUACAGAAAAUGAUAGUGAAACGGAUAACACAUCAUCCGAAAAUAGCUCAUCUUUGCAAGAACGAUUGUUUCUUCAAGGACAGGAUCUGUAUGAUACGGAGCCUUCAAGAUACAUUACACCAAAUGGAUCUCUUCCACCCUUAAAUCCCAAGGGAUAUAAACCAUCAGGAUAUUUAAAAAUGAAGGGAGAGAUAGAGCAUGCUGCUAUAACUGCUGUUAAGAAUCGGUUAGGAAGGAAUUAUCUGGAAGAUGGUCCGCUACUUAAUAUAGAUUUUGAUACAAUUCCACCAGGGGCAUUUGUAUUUCAAACUGCGAAUCCAGUUAAUGAACCAUACCAUGUUGCAAACCCGUCACUUUCAAGUUCUCCUGAAGUCUCACCUGCAAAAAGGAAAUAUAGUCUUAACUCUAGAUAUGAUUCAAAUUUGAACAAAUUAAGUUCCGAAGAUUUACAAAUGGAAGGAAGUGGCUUUGGGUCCUUGCAUGGUUCUGAUUUCCACGAUAAGAAAUCCCGCCAGCAUAUAAAACAAAGAACGAAUAUUCAGGGCCGUGCAAUUCGCGCCAAUCAUUUGCAUGGCAAGAACUUUUCCAAUGAUUUGUACGUAGACUCGACUGGGGAAGCACCUGCUUAUGAUAGCACUAGAAAUCAUAGAAUAGGAACUAAACAUGUAGUUGAGAGGAUGAGUUCUGAUUCUGCAUCUAGUCCUAGUGAUACUGAAGAGAAUAACCCGGCGGUUAAGCAGAUAAAUCCACUACUACAUGAUUACAGUAACAGCAAUGUGAAAAAUGUACAAAGGAGUGAAUAUGUAAAAUCUAAACCUUCACAUUCAAUACGUAAUUCUCAAAUUUCUGAGGAUACUGGAGGAAGAGGGCUUUCUGAAAGAAUGGAACAAAAGUUUAAUGGGGGUAGAAAGAUUAAAAAACAAUAUCAUGAGUCAGAUGGAGUAAGAAUGCCUUCGAAAGAAACAAUGGUUGCAAAGCGAGCGAAAGUUGAUUUACUUCAUCAAUAUGAUAUUAAACAAGCACAUGUUGCUGAGAUUGAACCAAGGAAAACUCAGAGAUCUGCUGUCGAGAUGCCAUCUAGCUUUAGUGAGGAUGAUGAAACCAGUUCCUCACUGGAUUGAAAAUUGAUAUUCAUAUUUUGAAUGAAUAUUUUUACAAUGAGAGACACUAUUUGUAGGAUUUUGGAAGCUAGAUAGUCACUCUUAGGAGUCCCACAUCGAGUAGAUCAAAGUGCUCAAUAUGGUGGGAGAGGCUCAUAGCUUAAGUAUCACAUUGAGCACUUUGAUAUACUUGAUGUGGGACUACAUUUGAUUUGAUGUUGUGCUUUCCUAUUUUGAAUGCCUUCGCAACCUAAAAGGAAGCCCUACAGCGGUGGUUUCUGUGUCGAAGCAACAGUGGCAGUAUUGAAUGUUGAAGCAACAGCAAAACCGCCGUUCAGACUGAGUUUGAAAUGAAGAAGGUUAAAUGGAUAGAGAGAAAAAUGUGCACAAUUCAGCACAUUUUUUUCACUCCGUCCAUCUAUCUAUCUAUCUAUCUUCUUCACCGUUCCUUCAAAACUCCUCUUUCUCAACUACUUAAAAACCAAAACCAAACCAAACCAAACCAACUCAUCACGCACAUAGAUAUAAACUAUUCAAUUUUGUUAUUAUUUCUUUCCAAACUCUUUAUUUAACCAAACAACGUACAACAUUUUAAAAAAGAGGCACAAAAUAAUAGGAGUAAUGUCCAAGACCAUGCAACAAUAAACCUUUGAUUCCUGGUGUACGACAACAGUAACCCCGAUUCCAAACAACUCGAUCUGAACAAUUCCGCUGUUGCACGGCGGAAAAAUUUCUAGAAAGAGAACUAGAUGAUCCAUUGAAAAAAAAUAUUAUUGGAACUGAAAGAUUCUUGACAAAGCCCUUGAUUCUUUACCCUUACCCAUACACAAGACACUUAGUUUCUCCAAUUUAUAAAAACUAUACUGUAUCAUUUAGAGUCGAAUACUAUAAUAUUUUAUUCAAUCUUGCCUUUCUUUUUUUUUUUAUUAUAAAUACAUUAAUGUAAGAUUAAUAAAAUCUGAAGCGUGAAAAAAAUCACAAGUGGAACAAUUAAAUACCACAAUUUCCAAUGC